GCCCGCCCGGCCCCCUCCCCCGGCGCCGGCCAAGUGAGGCGGUGAUGCGGGCGCUGGCGGCCUGGGCUGCGCCGAGAGCGGAGACACAGGCUCAAGAUGGCAGAUUCCCACUGAGGCUGAGGGGGCCGAGCUCGCGCGCCGCGUUCCCUUCUCCGUUGCCAUGAACCGCGGACACCCCGGCCCCGAUGGCCCCCGUGUACGAAGGUAUGGCCUCACAUGUGCAAGUUUUCUCCCCUCACACCCUUCAAUCAAGUGCCUUCUGUAGUGUGAAGAAACUAAAAGUAGAGCCAAGUUCCAACUGGGACAUGACUGGGUACGGCUCCCACAGCAAAGUGUACAGCCAGAGCAAGAACAUACCACCUUCUCAGCCAGCCUCCACAACCGUCAGCACCUCCUUGCCAAUCCCCAACCCAAGCCUACCGUACGAGCAGACCAUCAUCUUCCCAGGAAGUACUGGACACAUAGUUGUAACAUCAGCAAGUAGCACUUCUGUCACCGGGCAAGUCCUCGGUGGACCACAUAACCUAAUGCGUCGAAGCACUGUGAGCCUCCUUGACACCUACCAAAAAUGUGGACUCAAGCGCAAGAGUGAGGAGAUUGAGAACACAAGCAGCGUGCAGAUCAUUGAAGAGCAUCCACCCAUGAUUCAGAAUAAUGCCAGCGGGGCCACUGUAGCCACUGCCACCACAUCCACUGCCACCUCCAAAAACAGUGGCUCCAACAGUGAAGGGGACUAUCAGCUGGUGCAGCAUGAAGUACUGUGCUCCAUGACCAACACCUAUGAGGUUUUAGAGUUCUUGGGGAGAGGGACAUUUGGGCAAGUGGUCAAGUGCUGGAAACGGGGCACCAAUGAAAUUGUGGCCAUUAAGAUCCUAAAGAACCACCCCUCCUAUGCCCGGCAAGGCCAGAUUGAAGUGAGCAUCUUGGCCCGGCUGAGCACGGAGAGCGCUGAUGACUACAAUUUUGUGCGGGCCUAUGAGUGCUUCCAGCACAAGAACCACACAUGCUUAGUCUUUGAGAUGUUGGAGCAGAACCUUUAUGACUUUCUGAAACAGAACAAGUUUAGUCCCUUGCCCCUCAAGUAUAUUCGCCCAGUCCUCCAGCAGGUAGCCACAGCCCUGAUGAAACUCAAAAGCCUGGGUCUUAUCCAUGCUGACCUCAAACCAGAAAACAUCAUGCUGGUGGAUCCAUCCAGACAGCCGUACCGGGUGAAGGUCAUUGACUUUGGUUCAGCUAGUCAUGUGUCUAAAGCUGUCUGCUCUACGUACUUGCAAUCCAGAUACUACCGGUAAGACAUUUUCCAUGGAGAUAGUCAGGAUGCAGGAGGUCCAGUGGCAUCCACAGGGAAUAUGCAGAGGCCAUGGUGGGGAUAAUGAUAAUGGUUGUUACCAUACAGAGACCGUAAUAUGAGGCUGGAGACAUGGUCCAAUGGUUAAGAACACUUGCUGCUUUUGCAGAGGACUUAAGUUUGCUUCCCAGCACCCACAUGGCAGCUCACAGCUAUGAGUAAAUCUAAUUCCAGGGGAAUCCAUCUCCCUCUUAUGGCCUCUAUACACGCAUGUGGUAUACAUACAUACUUUCAGGCAAACAUGAAAAUAAAUCUUUCUAAAAACAAAAAGAGACUUUAAUAUGGUUGAAAAAUUAGAAUACAUGCAUACUGGAGGGAUGGGGAGAAGCUAUCUAAGAAGCAUCUGAGUACCAUUCUUGGUCUGGACAUUGAGAGUUGGAAAGAGUUUUGGAGAGCUGGGUGAAGAGCAGAGUGGAGAAGUCAGGUCCUUGUUGAUGGAGAGGAUCCAGACAGCUAGAACAGAAAGGGCUGUGCCAGUAACAGGCACAGGGUAGCAAAUUGCAAGGCUCAUUUAGGAGAUCAGGAUGACCUACCUGGCUAGAUCAGAAGUUUUGUGAAUAGUACCUAGAACAAAUCAUGGAAACUUUGAACAAGCAGGGGUUGAUGGUGUGUGUUUGUGUGUGUGUGUGUGUGUGUGUGUGUGUGUAAUAGGUUGAUAGCAGUUUUCUUAAAAGACUACUAUUAUAGUCAUGUGGAAGAUGCUGCAGGAAGGGAAGAUCUUUGUCCUAGGGCCAGUUGCUCCUUCCUGUGAUAAGGAAACAUUAACUAUUCCUAUCCCCCCUUUAAAUGUAAGGUAAUAGCCAAGGCAGGAUAAUUUUGUGGAGAAAAGAGGCUUAUUGUUGAAGGUCAUGUUGCUCUCCUCAGCUUAUGGUAGAUGGUCCCACAGUGGUGGGAGCAUACAUAGGAAUAAGAGAUCACAUGGCUAACUAGGAAGCAUAUAAUUGUUCAAGAUUUGAUUCAAGCUUUUAAGACAACUUUAUUGAGGAGAACUCACUCAGGGGUUUCUAACCUUAAUUCCUUCCAAGGACAGCACCGAUAAUGAACUUCCACAAGGCCUUCCCACCUCUUAACAUCACUACACUGAGGACCAUUAUUUGAAUUAAUGACCUUAUGGA